UUGGAGAUGGGGCUAUAUAGCAUGCCAAGCCCAGCAGAGGCUGGCCUUCCUUUUGCUCUACUGGCAAAUGCUUUGCUUCCAAUAGUACUGCUGAUGGGUGGGGUGAGAUGGGCCAUUCUUAAAGUGAUGGGAUUUGAUGGUGGUGAGGAUGGGCAAGAGGAGACCUUGGAGACAAGCAUGGUGAGCAGUGCAGGAGUUGGAGCCCGUGUGACCCGGUUUAAGUAUUUGAGGCAGAAGGAUGGUGGAGUUGGGGAUUGCUCUGUGUGCCUCCAUGGGUUUGAAGAGGAGGAAGAGGUCAGUGAGGUGUUAGCUUGCAGGCACUUCUUCCACAGGGCUUGUUUGGACCGCUGGUUGGGUCUCUUUCACUCCACCUGCCCACUCUGUAGAUCUAUGCUUUAAGGUUGUGUCUCAAUUUUCAUGUACUUAGAUUUUUCUCUAUCUUCUUGUUUCUCUUCUGCUUUUGGGUUGAACAGAGGGAGGGAUUGAAGAUGCUUUCUGCUUACCUUUUUUCCCCCCUUCAAGUGAAUAUGUGGUUUCCUUUUCCCCUUCAGUGUGGAGUUCAUAUGUAGUUAAAAAUGAAUAACCCGUUUUGUAUGUAUUUGCCAUGUUGAACAUGAUGAAAGAAUCACUUUUUUUCUCUCCUUA